AUGCGGAGCACGGGAAGCCUCUGGCCGCAGGUGCUGGGUCUGCUGUCCUUGCCAUGUUGGAUCCUCGGAGCACCCUUGGCCUCCAGCUACCCAGGAGCCUGUGGUACCAGCUUGCCAGAAGGCCUCAUCCCCGACGAGACCCAGGCGUCUUGGGACAAGGACAUCCCUGCGAUUAACCAAGGGCUCAUCCCAGAGGAAACCCCAGAGAGCAGCUUCCUCGUCGAGGGGGACAUCAUCCGGCCGAGUCCCUUCCGACUGUUGUCAGCAACCAGCAACAAGUGGCCCAAGAGCAGUGAUGGCAUCGUAGAGAUCCCCUUCCUGCUCUCUAGCAAGUAUGAUGAGCCCAGCCGCAACAUCAUCCUGGAGGCGUUUGCUGAGUUUGAACGUUUCACAUGCGUCAGGUUUGUCGCCCACCAGGGCCAGAGAGACUUCAUUUCCGUCAUCCCCAUGUAUGGGUGCUUCUCUGGCGUGGGGCGCAGUGGAGGGAUGCAGAUGGUAUCCCUGGCACCUGCCUGUCUCCAGAGGGGCCGGGGCAUCGUCCUGCAUGAGCUCAUGCAUGUGCUGGGCUUCUGGCAUGAGCACGCCCGGGCCGACCGGGACCACUAUAUCCGUGUCGACUGGAAUGAGAUCCUCCCAGGCUUUGAAAUCAACUUCAUCAAGUCCCGGAGCAGCAACAUGCUGACGCCCUACGACUACUCCUCCGUGAUGCACUACGGGAGGCUCGCCUUCAGCCGGCGCGGGCUGCCCACCAUCGUGCCGCUCUGGGACCCCAGCGUCCACAUCGGCCAGCGAUGGAACCUGAGUGCCUCGGACAUCACUCGGGUCCUCAGGCUCUACGGCUGCAGCCCAAGCAGCCCCGGCCUCCGUGGGACAGGGUCCCAAGCCCACAGCAACGGUAGGAGCCCUGCUCCUGCCCCCAGACCACCCCUGCAGCAGCUUCUGGAGGCACUGUCAGCGGAAUCUGGGAGUGGCCAGCGUGUUCCCGCAGGGCCUGGACACAGCCCACGUGGGUGGGAGUCCCCUGCCCUGAAGAAGUUUAUUGUGGAGGCCUCAGCAAGGCUACCUCAGUCCCCAGCUUCCUCUCCAAGGCCAAGGCCUGGAGCAGACGCUCCUGGUCUUGCUCUGGGGCAGUUGUGGCUGGCCCAGGUGCCCACGGAACCCUCAGUCUCAUCUUCAGAAAUGGGAGACCAACCAGUGCCUAUCCAGGCUGCUCUGGGGAGCCGUGCUCUGCCAGAAGGCUGUGCACAGGGAAGUCACUUCAGGGGGAUGCCUAGAGAUUAA